GAAGCCACACCACCUUAUAUUUCCAAACUUAAAUUUUGCUCGUAUAAACUUAGAUUAGCGCGCGAUGACAUCAAUGGCUGCAACGAGAAAUGCUAGACCGUACUUUGGAGAGGCUUUUUACAAGGCGGUGGAGAAGAAGAAUGUGGCCACGGGGAAGGUGGGUUGUUUUCCUUUAAGAAAGCUGAAAAACCGAAGCUUAUCAGUGAUAGCAAGUGCUAGUAGUACUCCUGGGAGCAUAGAUACUAUCAAUGGAAGGAAGAUUAAUAUUGGGAUUAACGGGGGAGAUCAUCAGGCUCCAUUUUGGGGCAAUAAGAAUAGUGAGUCUGCAAAAGAAAGCGGCGUUGAUGCACCAUUUCACGCAGUUUUGCUUGGACGGUUUGUGGAGGACCGGUUUGUUUAUAGACAGACAUUCAUUAUCCGUUCUUAUGAGAUUGGACCGGACAAAACUGCCACCAUGGAAACACUGAUGAAUCUCCUUCAGGAGACAGCUCUGAAUCAUGUGACAAGCUCAGGGCUUGCUGGAAAUGGGUUUGGUGCUACCCGUGAGAUGAGCCUCCGGAAACUCAUUUGGGUUGUCACGCGCGUCCACAUUCAAGUACAGAGAUAUAGCCGUUGGGGAGAUGUUGUUGAGAUUGAUACUUGGGUGGAUGCAGCUGGGAAAAAUGGAAUGCGCAGGGACUGGAUAAUCCGAGAUUACCACACCCAAGAGAUCAUAACUAGAGCAACGAGCACUUGGGUUAUCAUGAACCAAGAAACAAGAAGGUUGUCAAAAAUACCUGCACAAGUGAGACAAGAGGUGCUACCAUUCUACCUGAACAGAGUUGCAGUUGCCACUGAAAAAAAUGACAGUGAAAAAAUUGACAAGCUUACUGAUGCAACUGCGGAGAGAAUUCGAUCAGGUUUAGCUCCAAGAUGGAGCGACAUGGAUGCAAAUCAGCAUGUAAACAACGUGAAAUAUAUUGGAUGGAUUCUGGAGAGUGUGCCAAUGAAUGUCUUAGGAAAUUAUGCUCUCACAAGCAUGACUCUGGAGUACCGGCGUGAAUGCCGGCAAUCAAAUUUGCUAGAAUCGUUGACUAGUUCAACAGCAGCAAGUGUGACUGAAGAUUGGAACAAUUACAUCAAUAUCAGACCGGACUUAGAAUACACACACCUGCUUCGCAUGCUUGCUGAUAAGGCAGAGAUAGUAAGGGCAAGAACAGAGUGGCACUCUAAGCAAAGACAUGUCUGAAGAAGCUGUGCACCCACUCUUUCUUCCUCUGUUUAUUGGUUUAUUUCGUGUUUUUUUUUUUGUCCCCUUUCUUUUACAUUUUCUGGUUUCAAUUUUUUUCCAUUUGAUCGGGUUGAUACUUUUGGCUCACAAAUAAAGAUUCCCAUCUGGAUAAUGCA